AAAGAAAGAGAGAAAAAACACGAAAGCAAAGAAGAAAAAAAAGCAAAUGAAUUCCAAUACAAGAUAUCAGGUGCCUUUUUCCUGAACAUUAAAGAAUGCCGUUUUAUGUACCACAGGCAAUCAUAGUACCAGGACUUGCCAUGAAGUGAAAACAUAAUUGAAUACGGAGGGUUGCCUCCCUCCAUGCACGGAACGGGGCAGUAAAAACCCAUUGCAGUGACAUGGAAGGAUCUUGUGCCAGGAAUCACACCUCGGGCAUCAAAUAUUGAAUUGAAAUGAAGCCCUGAACACUUGCGAUAUCAAAUUGAAAAUGUACGAGACGCUCAAAAUGCAGGAACAAUUCCCGGACCGCAGGACGGUGGUCCACGAGAAUGAAUCUCUAAAGCAGAAGAUUUUGCAAAUUGAGAUGCAAAAUGUGGCCCAGCAAAGGCGGCUGCAGCAGCUGGAGAAGAUGGUGAUGGAGCUCAGCCGCAUGAAGUCCCCGAAGGACGUUCUGGACACGCCGCACAUGACGCCCUUUCGAGAACCCACCGAGGAGGGUAGCAGGACCGAGAGAGCACAAGAAGGGAGAGUCAGGGACACCUCACCUGGGCCUCGGGGGAGGGAGGGAGCAGGCGUCGGGAGCGAGGAUGACCAUGCAGACGGGGGCAUGUCCGACAUCGUGGCAAACCUGAUGGACGAGUUCGACCGCACCGCCAGAGAGAGCGGUCUUAUCUACGGGAUGACGCCGACGCGAAGCACUGCCGAUUCGGAGGACCAGUGCGACGACUUCGCGCAGGGUUGUCAGGGGACAGAGGGACCAAGGGAACCUGACGUCCAUUCGGCGACUGAGGAUGGGUGUGAUGUGUCCCCCUCUCCACUAUCAGUAUUCCUCACGCCUUUGUACAAGCAGUCUGUUUCAAGCAAAGAUGAAAAGGGCAUCAGUGAUGAGCCUUUGGAAACACCUCGGUUAAGCCUCACCACACCUGUUCUUCUCACUGUUGAUGCAUUGAAAGAGAUGGAGAGAAGCCAGAAUACUUGUCAAGAACCAUUUCAAAGAGAAGAAAAUGUAUUUGCCAGUUUGUGUUCCCAUUCUCAAAGCUCAAAAGUCUCUCCAUUUAGGUCAAGAGAUAUCUUGCCCUCAAAAGCAUGCCCUGCAUUCUCAGCUGUUAUUGGUAGCAAGACCAGUCCCUUUGCAAACCUUUUGCGCGGAUUACACCAUGUGGCCAACAAAAACCCAAGUGGAAGCUCCAACCCUGGAGAUGCCCACUUGUUGCAGGCAAGCAGGAAGGCCCAGCCUACUCGCAUGCAGAGACUGCCUUUGAGGUCUCAGAUUCCAGGAAGUCCCAGUAGCAUAACAAGUAGCAUCACAGGUCACGUUUUCAAGUGGAGCCAGUCAUUAACUUUACCCUUACUGUCACCCCUCCCUGAAAGCCAUUGUGGGGACAUCCAGGCACAAGGUGCAUCAGAUGACGAUUUCUUAACAGACUUGAUGUACAAUUUAGCAGAAAAGCAGGACCAAGAGGAGGCAUCAGAUGAGGAGGACUUGGUUGUGGAUGAGGUCGUCUCGCUGUCCAUGGUGGGCAAAGGCAGACGGCAGCGCUCGGAGUCCCUCUGCUCGGUCUCUGGGCCUUGUGUGCCACCAGACCUCCUCCUCAACACGUGUAAGGAUGAAAAUUUAGACUCGAUUCAAGUGAAGGAAGAGGAUGUUUUAACAGAAAUUGCAGGUGUGUUUGAUGAUUCCACAUUGCUGGCUGAUCAGCUUAUUGAAGCAGAGUUUAGUCAGGAGGAACUGAAUCAACUGGUCAAAGAAGAGGUGGUGUCCGACUCAAUUCUCUUGCCCAAGGAUACCAGCUCAACUGUCAUGCAAGAUGAUGAUCACCUCCAGUAUUUGAAUAUCUUACAAAAUGAAACAUCUACCAUUAGUGAAAAUAGUGCUCUGAGUAGUUCUCAUAUGGAAAGCAAUAAUGCUGAGGAUGUGAGCAUUAAACCUGUGGAAGUGAAAUUGCCAGUUCCUGCAGAAGUGCCACUGAAAGGUUUGGAGAAAUCUAAAUCUGUGGCUGACCUAAAUGGACUUAAUGCACAGGUCCUUAGUGAGAAGGUGAAGUCAGUCCAGGCCUUGCAGGGCAAUCGGACAUUAAGCAUCGAUGGCAAGGAAGUAAAGUUGCCAGCCGGCUCAAUCAUUCUGGCUGUAGUAAACGAGUCGGGAUCCCUUGUGCCCUUGCCACAGCUCCAGGUUACGCCACAGUCCCUGACUCGUGCAGUGAAGACAGAGAGCCCAGAGAGAGGGCAGGAUGAGGAGAUCGAUAUUGAAACAGUGUCUGAGAAAACUCCAGUGUUGGAGGCUGGUGACCUGGACAGCCUCCUGGCACAGUUUGAGGCCUCUGAGGCAGUUAACAAGACCUCAGGUGAAGGGACCAAGGAUGGCCCCAGCAGUGCUCCUGAGCAGGUGAAGGCCACUGGGGGGUCUGGACCACACAGCAGGGGGCCUUCUGUGCCAGGUAUCGUCCCCCUGGGCAUCUCCCCACAGUCCUCCCCCACCCAUCAGAAGAUCAAGGAUGCUUUGCCUAAGGAGAUCAUUGAAAAAAUUAAAGCAUCAACUAAACGGAAAAGUACACAAAUGUUGUCUGAGCCACCUGUGCUACGCAAAGGCCGUGGAGGUAGACAACAGGAAGGAACUACCAACCGCAAUAAAAUUCUUCGUACGGCACCCCAGAGCUCUUCUGCACAGACUGCAACAGAUGAACGAGUCCCCCCUCCAGUAGACCAUGACUACUGCUUCUCUCCAGACAAACAAAAGCUUGCCAAGCAAGACUCGAGUGAUAGGAUGAAUGAUGAGUUCUUUAAUAAACUUCCUGAUUAUUACACCACUAUGUCGAGACGCCAGUCAAAGAAAGCGAGCAUCUGUUCAGAUGAUGGGCAUGAUGAUGGUGGUAAGAAGGACAGUGGUGUGGAGUCAGGAGAUGUGAGUGAUGCAAGUGUGGAAACAGAGGAGCGCAAGAAGGAAGGAAAGGAUGGAAAGAGUAGACAGGAAGUGUGGAAUAACCAGGAGAAGCUCAAAGGAAAUAAUGAUAACACAGAUGAUGUAUAUGACAAAAUACCUGCUUAUAUGACUGAUAUUGGCAAUGUCAAGCCCAAAGAUGACGAAGAGAUGAAUGAGAAUGAAGAGAAGGAUGGAGAUAACAUAGUCAUUACUACUAAGCCUGAGGUGAAGAAAAUCAAACGGAAAACUCAAUCUCUCAGAGUACCGGCAGAGAAUAAGAAGUGCACAGAGUAG